AUGUCUUCCAACUCACAGGCAAACACAACACAAGGUAGCGGACAGGAUGCCAUUAUGUCUGAAGACGGUGUUACUUUUAAUCAGAACCUAAGCGAAUUUGUUCAAGUCGAUCGCAAAGUCUUCUUCGCCGCUGCGGACCGAAAUAAAGGAGCAAUCAUCGAACAACUGCGACCUAUUCUCGACAAGGCACAGCUUGAAUUCUCUAUCGAAAUCAUAUAUGCAGUCUUAGAAGUUGGAUCGGGCUCAGGGCAGCACGUUUAUCACUUUUCCAAGGACUACCCAGAUAUCGUCUUUCAGCCAUCCGAAUACGAUCCUGCUCUUCUUCCCAGCAUCGACGCCUAUGCCGAUGACCUCAACAAAGAGGGCCAUCAUAUCCAGCCCGCUCUCGAGCUUGAUGCUACCAAGCCAGAGCAUUGGCAGCGUGUCCAGGCAGCUGCUGGUCAGUUUAAGCAGUACGAUUUAGUCCUUACCACGAAUGUAUUCCAUAUCUCGCCAUGGGUGGUCAGUCAGUCGAUCGUACGCGGCGCUGGGCAAGUGCUGAAGAGCGGUGGCAACUUUGUGAUAUACGGACCGUUCAAGAAAGAUGGCGCUUUUAACGCGGAGAGUAAUCGUGAAUUUGAUCAAACCCUUCGUGGACGCGAUCCGUCGUGGGGCGUGCGAGACAUUGAGGAGAUCGAGGCCAUAGCAAAGCAGGACACAGGCAUGACGCUUGAACGGAUCGUAGAUAUGCCAUCGAACAAUUACAUGUUGUUCUUCAAAAAACAAUAA